AUGGCUACCUUGAAGACUCCAGAGAACUGCACCGCAGACUUCUCUCUCAUUCCAAUCGGCUCUCAAAGCGCAUCCUUCUCGAAGCAGGUCGCGGAUAUCCAGCGUCUGAUGCAGAACUCUGGUCUCAAGUUUCAGAUGCACGCCACUGGAACUAUUGUUGAGGGAUCGAUUCAGACGGAUAUUCGCAUCACGACUAGGACCGACAAGGUGCAGCCUAUGGAGGCCAAUAUAGCCUCUGUGCAGAGGGCUCUCGCGACUUGA